GUUUGCUGCGUUUGCUUGAACGUGCGUUGUGGUGUGCUGGGUGAUUGCCUUGUUGCCCGUGUGUGUGUUGUUGCGUAGAGUGGACGGUGGAGUAGCACGCUAGCACGCAGGGCAAGGAACUUAUACGGCCUUGGGGCAAGGCGAUAUCGCAGGGAACGGGUGCGAGGAGCGCGUGCGGCGCGUGGUGAAGUUAGAGGGCCUUGAUGUAAGGGUACAGACACCAGUAACCAUGGCAACAAAUGGCUCUGCUCCCCGCAACACUGCCACCGUGGUGCUGGGAUCACAGUGGGGAGACGAAGGCAAGGGGAAAAUCGUCGACCAGCUGGCCAGCGAGAUGGACAUGGUGUGCCGCUGCCAGGGCGGGAACAACGCCGGGCACACAGUGGUCGUGGACGGCACCGAGUACGACUUCCACAUCCUGCCCAGUGGCAUCGUCCACAAACACUGCCUGGCAGUGAUCGGAAACGGAGUGGUCAUCCACCUGCCUCAGAUGUUUGAAGAGAUUGAGAAAAAUGAGGCAAAAGGACUGACGCACUGGCGAGAGAACUUGAAAAUAUCCAGUCGCGCUCACCUGGUCUUUGACAUGCAUCAGGAUGUGGACGGACUACACGAGAAGGAACGAGAGACGGAGGCGAGCUGUGGCAAAAAGUCGCUGGGCACCACAAAGAAGGGUAUUGGACCGACCUACUCGUCCAAGGCGACGCGUAAUGGACUGAGGGUCUGUGACCUGCUGGGCGACUUCAGCUACUUCGUGGAGCGGUGGGUGGCCGCCCUGGGUCGGAGGAGAGGAGGGGACGCUUAAACGGGGAGGGGAGUUAUCAGUGGAGUGGUGAAUAGGCGCUGUGGGAAAGGUGGAAAGGAGAGAUUCCGUUGAACAUGGGUCAGAGGUUACUAGUUUUAUAUACAUAAGGGAUUGAGUGUAGGUUUUCAUGAACUUAAGCCUCCGUGUAUUCUACUGUCCUACGAGGGAAUGUAUCAGGGCCUAGUUCAUAGCGCAAAGUACGUUGGCUAUGGCUAGUGUCACUUUGCUAAAGUGACACUUACUCAAAGCCAGGGACACUUUUACUAACGUUGGUCAGGUGUGUAAGAGCGUGUACCUAUAUGUACCCAUCUGUCGGGUCGCCCUUUCCAACGAGUGUCACUUAGCAGCAAAGGGGCUCUAUAUGAACUGGGCCCAGUCAUUUUCAUGUAGGUGACACCAUUACGCUGCUGAAUUCGUGUGCCAUCACUCUAAGCUAAGCCGCUUUUAUACACAGCUUUCAGGCUUGAUGAUACGCUUACACCGAACUUACGACAUGUAUGUGCCAGCUCCUAACCAACGACAUUUAUUUGCGUAUAUAUAACUAACGCCAUUCAUGGUUGAUUCGUGGUAACUCACUAGAAUUCGCCAGCCAAUCUGCCCUACCCCAGACCCAGCUAUUUUCGUCUCGCCGCCCCAGCUACCCUCCUGAAUCUUCAGUCCUCAGCCGCCUUCCCUGUGUUCCUCGGUCGUGAUGACCAUC